AUGCGUUCAGAUGUCAAGCUCAGGCGAGAGGCAUUGCUGUCGGCUGAUACAGACCUCGUAAGCGUGUUAGCGCUAUCCAGAAACUGUCUCUGCGAGGAUAAGCGAGACAAGUUUUAUGGUAUUUUGGGUCUUACCACUGAUGUCGAUGAGUUCGAUGUACCGGUUGACUACUCUCUGUCACUAUUCUGGGUGUAUGUGAGCGUUCUUCAAGCACGCUCACACCAGUGGGGCACUGAUGACGAAGUACUAACCAAUUACUCUGCCGAUCAGAUUAUGACUCUGAGUAGAGCGUUACAGAAGCCACUGCUUGGACCAGACUUUGGGAUGUCUGGGUUUGAGGAGAUGAGAUGCGGCAGAGCUGAGAUGCUGGAGACGACAAAAGCUGAUCUCAAAUACUUGAAUAUCCAAGGUGGGAAUCUUGGAAAAGUCAUCGGUCAUACUGCAACUCUCAAACAUAUUCCUGAUUUAUCACUCGAGCAACUGGUUGGGGGCGUUAAUUCAUUUCUCCCGAUACUCAAAGAAAAGGUUAAUUUAUCUCUGACAUCUACAAACCCUGACUUGAGCGACUCUUGGGCAAAUUUUUGCUUUGAUUUAUCAAUUGGUUGUGAGGUGACCUGCGACGUGAAUGCCAAAGAGAGAGAAGCUGGAUUGACAGUGUUUGUGACGGACUUUGGAAAUGUUGGUGUGGCUCCCAAUGUCAUCAUGCCCGGUGAUAAAUUUUGGGACUAUGGGUCAAAAUGUUCCGCUAUGGCAAUAGUUAGAGGCGAGGAAGGAAGCUAUCAACUCAUAUCCAGGGCUUGUCUUGCGAAAGAUUGCAUCAAGUCCGGCGACUCUGCCAAACUGUUCUCCGGCACAGCGAGUGGCCCAGCGAGGCAUCGAGACAGAAAAAGGAUGACUGUGAAGCUGAAUUUGGCAGAACUCCAAAGGUUCACAAGCCCGCUUCGUGGGACAAGAGAUGUAGAAGAAUAGUUUAGAGUAACAAUUCAAGCGAUUGAUGACC